AUGAAACAUAUGGCUUAUGUUCGCUGCAGGGCGGAUUGUACGAUUCGCUACGCUGUUCGAGCUUCGGUUCAGCAUGUGUGGAAAUACCUUUAUAUCCAUUUGAGCUGGAAGCCGUAUCACCAGGGAAAAGAAAAAACAUUUCUUGCAAAAUGUAAGGAAAUCAGGCAAAUCAGCGAGGAUAUUGGAGGUGAGAGAAUCACUGUAAAAGAGUUCCUGGAGGCAGCAGCGGCAACCAUUGGAAGAAAAGUUGGGAUGCCAAAUGAUGAAGAGGAUGGAGAAGAAGAAGACGAGGAAGAUGAUUUAGGGCCACCUCUAAUCCCAGAACCACGUCAACCACCUGUUGAAGCACGAUAUGCGGGCCCCAGCCUAGAGCGCUACCGGCUGGAGAGGGUUGUAUUGCAAUUUGAUGAUAUCCAAGACUGCCCGCCACCGGAGUUUGUGGCGGAACAAUUGAGGGAGCUGGAAGCCAAUCUAGCAGAGAGAGAGGCUACUGCCCCGCACACCAAUCUGGACCCUCAAUGCACAUACUGCCAGACAAAUAGGGCCACCCGAAUUGUGGUGCCUUGUGGCCACUGGGCAGGCCAGAUUAUGCCACGUGUUCAAAAGAGGGCUGUAGGAGCCCGUAAGUAUAAGGAUUUCUCAUCUCAGCAGCUAGAAAAAGCAGUGGAAGCAGUAAAAUCGGGCCUGUCCUUGAGGAAAGCGCAAGAGAAGUUUGGAGUGCCACGAUGCUCUAUCAAUAGGGCAAUUACAGGGAAGCAUUCUGGCAAAGUUGGCAGACCAUUUGUUCUGAGUGAAACCGAUCAAAAUAUUUAA